AAGCAGUUAAAAGCGUUCUAGUGUACAAAAUAACAGAAAAAAAAUUAAAAGCUAACUUUUUUAAAAAGUUAUAAUUAAGAAGUCUUAUAAACUUUUCUCUGACAUUAUUGAUUUCUUACAUCAUGGCACCUACAAUUAUUAAGCUUUCUAAACCUGAUUUAGAUGAAAGAAACACAGAUGAUACUUACGAAUCAGUCUCCGAGGACAUUUCUUUUUGUACUAAACUGGAUAGUUUCGGAGAAGAGGAAGUAUCUAGGCAUUAUCCUAAAUAUUAUAAUCAAGUGUUUAACUGUUAUUUACAGAGUUCCGAUGAAGAAGUAGAUGACAUAGAAUCUACGGAUAAUUGCAUUACACUUUUGAACUCAUUGCCUAGAGAAAUAGUUGAGACUUCUUACGAAGACAGUGACGGUAGCUCUAAAGUUAUAUAUGUGCCUUCAACAAACCUUGUUAUUGAAUCUCCUGAAAAAUUUGUUUCGCAUACCAAUUUUAAGCCAGUGACAAAAAGUGAAUUUAAAAAAAGGAAAACACUAUAUAAGUGUGAUUAUUGCAAUAAGGAAUUUAAGUAUGAGGGUCCGUUUCAGGAUCAUAUACGUACACAUCUCGGGGAAAGGCCUUUUGCCUGCGAGGUUUGCAACAAGACUUUUACUUCCCACUCUUAUCUUCAAACUCAUAGAAAAAGUCAUAGUGAUGUUUAUGAACACAUAUGUCCAGAGUGCUCUAAAGGUUUCCACAAAAAAUAUUAUUUACAAAUUCAUAUGCGGAAACACACACGUGAAAGACCAGUCAAGUGUGAAUAUUGCUUUAAGGGAUUUUAUUCUUCUGGCAAUCUUGCAAAGCAUGUACGACAGCAUACUGGAGAAAAGCCGUAUAGUUGCGAUGUAUGUGGGGAGAGGUUUAGUACCAUCACAGUAAUGAAAAACCAUCGUGAUUGGCAUUUUCCUGAGAAUGCUUAUAAAUGUGAGAUUUGCCAUAAAAAUUUUAUCAGAAAAGAAACUUAUAGGAAGCAUUUACUCAGACAUCAGGAAGAUAAACCUUUUAAAUGUGAAUUAUGUUCUAGAAGUUUUAGUGUUAAAUUUGAAUUAAAGGAACACAUAGCUUCUCAUAGUAAGGAUCGACCAUUUGCAUGUGCAGAAUGUAGGCGAACUUUUAAAACCUUAUCUAAUUUAAGGCGCCAUGCUAAACUUCAUACCUAUCGACCUAAGUGGUAGCUUUGACAUUGUAAUUAUCUUUAUUAAAAAGUGUAUUGUAACUUUCAAUGGAGCCUUAUUCAUCAAUUUUGAUUAUCUUGUAAUAUUUUAUUUUGAAAAUUUUCUAGAAUUUUAAUAUUAUUCGAAUUGUAAAGUAUAAAUUGAAUAUUUAUUUCUAUAUUAUCUUAUAUCUAAAUGUCUAUUUGUAUUUAACAUUAGAUUAAAAUUUGGUUAAGCUGGACAAUGAAUUUUAAAGUAAUUGUUUCAGUUGAUAUGAAAAAUUUGAUCAAUCAAUUUCUGUUUUAAUUAAAAGGUAUUUGUCUUAUCUUACUUUAUUUGUUUUUUCUUAUGUAUAUUUUGUUUUUAUUAACUUUUGCUCUAGUAUAAAAAAAAUGCCCAUAAGUAAUUGAGCAAGUGAAAUAUGCACUUUCAUUGUAAACUAAAAAUUAAUGAAAAGGUAACAUGUUUAAGUUUAUCAGCAUGAUGAAAAUAAACAUAAUAUUUUGUUGAAUUUCUUUUGGUUAUGAAAUUUUAUUAUUGAAUAACCAGGGCCCAAGCUAAGGAUUUCAAAUUAGCUAAAUAUCAAAAGUAUGAGCUGCAUUUCAAAACUCUUAGUCAAAGGGCAAUUUUAACAAUUUCUUAUGAUUGAUUUUUUAACAUAGAAAACAGCAAACCAAAAUACAAAUCUGCUGUAAAUUCAGUUAUUUUAUAAAUGCAAAAUGUAACAAAGAGUUACUUAGCAGUUGGAGAAAAGCAAUAAAUAAGAGAGAGGUUGAAAAAUGUAGAUGUUUCAUCAUCUUUGAGGGAAAGAAAUAGGAAAAUGUUCGGGUUAAUUUUUGAUAACAUAUUAGACUAAAUAAGGAUAAACUUUAGGCAACAUUUUGUUAUUGUCGCGAGAAAGCAUAUUUUCUACAAGAAUAUUUGGAUGAUAAUUUAUGGUAGUUUGUCUCAUGCUUACAUAAUCUCUUUUGUUACUUACCUUAUCUGAACUCAAUAUAAUUCUAAUUGGUUAUACUUUUUAAUGUAAAUUAUUAUAAUCAAAAUCGAAUAAAUAAUGUAAGACUUGUUCAGAAAAAUUUCUGAUAUCUUUUUUUUUUCAAGAUUGAGAGGAAUGUAUGUUUUUCUUUUCAGUGGAAAAUAUCAUUAAAAGAAACGCAAAUUUUUUCCGCAGAAUUUAUUAUUUUCUCACAUUUGAGGAGGUGUUGAAUGCUUGGCAAGGGGCCUGCUUAACAUAGUUUUUUAUUUUUGUGCUAUUAAAUUCAUCAAAUAUCU